AUGCAGUGCCUAGGUAUUCCCAUUGAUCACCGGCUGCGGUUUAUCAUUCGUGAAGCACCGUCGAUAGAUACGAGUCGGACACACUCUGAGCACGUUCACCUUCUUUAUGAGUUUGGGACAUCCCUCAAAGUUGAUGACAGUGACUAUCCGUUAUAUGACCUGAGUUUUGCCCUUGAAAUGGCGCGACCUGAAUCCAAGGGAGGCGUAUUGAUUGCGUUGUUACAGCCCCAUUCCAAACAAGAUAACUCAGAUGGCUUCUUGGCAGGCAGGCGCGACUGUGCGACUCUCGAAGCUGUAUCCGAUUUGGUGACUGCCGUGAACAAUGCCAAAGUAUGCUUUGAUGAUACUAGCGUGUUUGAUGCUAUACCUCUCCUCGAUGAGGCCGCCACAAGCGCAGAUAUCUCAACUAUCAUUGCAGAUGCGCACGACGUGUUCGCGGAUAUGGUUAGAGUCAAAAAUCCAGAAAUUGUUAUAUGCUGCUUCAGGACAGAGUCCCGGAACACACUUGUUCGACGGCUUUGCAGCCGCGGAGUAGGCUGGAGCUUCCACGAUGAAAAAUCGGCGUCAAACCCAAUUGAGGCAGGACUGUCUUCUAUACGCGUCAAUGCAUUCCAUCCGAGCUAUGCGAUUAAUCACUAUCCGAUAUUUUGCUCUCUAAGGCGACUACUCACUCUAGAGUUCACGAAGGCAUUCGCUCUCUUGAGGCAUAAAUGGACCGAAGAGCCAUGGAUGACGUCGUUGAGAAGUGAAUGCCGUCAGGCGGCAAGAAACACUGCUGAUGGUAAGUCCCCUGGUCUGCUUGUGGCCAUAACGUUUUCAAUUUCAGCUAAAUCUUAUCGUACAGCCAAAGAUGAUCGAAAUGUUUGGAGUGAACAAUAUCUCAGAGCACGCUGGGAAAGUCUUGUUGCGUCCCUGGAAACAAGUUUCGAAAAAUGUUUUUUUCGCGGCAUUGGUGAUACUGGGUCCGAAGAAAUCUAUGAUAAUCUUGCGAGUUCUGGCAUUACUUGGUUAUGCUGCGAUAUUGCUUGGAUUCUAGAAACACUGGGCCCGGCUGGUUAUGAGCGCUUGGAGUUACCGUCGCGAUGCUUGCAUGUUUUCAAAGCCUGGUGCCAAAAAGCCUGGCCAAAGGUUCAACUUCAACACAACUUGAGCGGCUCUGGGGGAUAUUACAGCCAUCUAGAGCUUUUGCUCAUAACAUCAAAUCAACCGAAUUCACUAUCAAAGCAACUCGAGAACAGAUUUUAUAGCCUACUUCGCGAUCUGAAUCUCUCCUAUGAGUGGUCUAGGAGUGAGAGUUUGGCGGACACUUAUGACGCUUUCUCCAACUCAAUUUCGCAAGGAUGUGCAUUUCGGAGGUUUGCAGCUGCUUUUGAAGAUUCAUUGGAAAGUUUUCUGCACUAUAAGUUGUCCCAAAAGAAGCCCGGAAUUCGUCAACAAUUUAGCUCUUUAUCACUCAAUUGA